AUGGCCGAUCCCGCAAAAUGCCCGCCUCUAACCCGCGCCUCGGUCGUCGCCGCGCACUCCUUAGUGAAGCCAUACAUCCAUUACACGCCGGUCCUCACAAACACAACGCUCACAACCCUAGCCUCCACUCCGCAGUCUGUCUCCGCGUUAGAAGGCACGCCGUGGGCAGGUCAAGAGCCCGCAAAGCCCAAGAUUAGGUUAUGGUUCAAGUGCGAGAAUCUGCAAAAGGUGGGGGCGUUUAAGGUGCGGGGAGCUUUCCACGCCCUUACAAGAUUAGUAGCAGAAGAGGGCUGGGAAGAGCAGGGCGGGAGGGAGAGGGGCGUUGUUACGCAUAGUUCUGGAAACCACGCACAAGCCCUCGCCCUCGCCGCGCGCACCAUGGGCAUCCCCGCGACGAUCGUAAUGCCGCGAAUCUCCACGCCCUCCAAAAUCGCAGCGACCCAGUCAUACGGUGCGCGCGUCGUCUUCAGCGGCUCCACCUCUACGGAGAGAGAAGCGGUAGUGGCAGAUGUGAUCAAAGAGACGGGCGCGCGGCUGGUGCCACCGUAUGAUCACCCGGACAUUAUCUUAGGACAGGGCACGCUGGGCUUAGAGAUGCAGACACAGGUUGAGGAGAUGAUUGCGUCAGGUCAGGGGCAGGCGGGGGAGAAGACGAAGAAAGGGAAGGGAUUAGAUGCCAUCAUUGCGCCGUGCGGCGGCGGCGGUAUGCUCUCCGGCACAGCCUUGAGUUGCGAAGGCACCGGCAUCUCAGUCUUCGGCGCCGAGCCCGAAUUCCAAGGCGCUGACGAUUGCAAACGCGGCCUCGCAGCCGGGAAGCGCAUCGAGAGCGUCUCCACGCUCACCAUCGCCGACGGGUUGCGGACGCCCGUCGGCGCCUACCCCUGGACGAUCAUCCACGACCGGAAACUGGUCCGGGCCAUGUACAGCGUGACGGAGGAGCAGAUCAAGGCGGCGCUGCGGCUGGUCCUCGAGCGGAUGAAGAUGGUGGUGGAGCCGAGCUCGGUGGUGGGCCUGGCGACCGCCCUGUACAAUGAGGAUUUCCGCCGGCUGGUGGAACAGGAAGGCGGGGAGCAGGGCUGGGAUCUGGGGAUUGUGUUUAGUGGCGGGAAUAUCAGUAUCGAGGCGUUGGGCAAGAUGUUUGAACCUGCUGAGAAGAAGGCAUAG